CCCAUCUCCAUCAAAAAAAACAUCCAACCUUGAAACCCUCCAAUCCUCCGCCUACAACUCCCCCUCCAUUCCAUUCCCCCUCCCCUCACAAUGGCCUCAGUAGCCAGGUCUCUGGGCCGCUCGGCCUUCUUCCUGGCCCGAAGAGGUCCCAUCGCCAACCCCUCCUACCGCUCCUUCUCCGCCACGCCGCUCUCCUGCAUGCCCGAAGACCCGGUCAUCCCUGAGGUUCGCCCACGGCGCCUGGAGGAUUACCCCAAUCUCCCGGAGUACUCGCCCGAGAACUUGACUCCGGAGCAGCGGUCCCUGUACGACAUGAUGUCCCCGGAAGACCGCGCGGCCUUCGACAAGGCGAACACGAGCAUGAUCGCUGAAUUCAACGACCCGGAAAAACGCAAGGCCCGGAUGGCCCAGAUCGACCAGAGAAUCGCCGCGAUUGACAAGCAAGUACAGCCCUGGCGCUUUGCGGAAGCAGCAUACACGCACGGAUUCUGGUCGGAGGAGGAGCCGGACGAGUUCGGUCUGGUGCAGGAUAUGGACGACGAAUUCAACGACGACGACAUGACGACCAUGGCCUAUGCCGAGCUGGAAGAGCACCGUGAGAUCAGAGAAUACGCGCGGAUCGCCGCCUGGGAUAUGCCGUCAUUGAGCAAACUCGCCAAACCCUUCACCCUGCCCCCCGAAACCCACAUCCUCCGCUUCCGGUACACGACCUACAUGGGCGAAGAGCACCCGGCCCAGCACAAGGUCGUGGUCGAGCUGGCCUCCAAGGAUCUGACCCCCAAGCACCUGACCGAGGCCCAGCGCCAGACCUUCCUCAAGCUGGUCGGCGUGCGCUACAACCCGGACACCGACAUCGUGCGCAUGUCGUGCGAGAAGUUCCAGCACCGCGCCCAGAACAAGCGCUACCUGGGCGACCUGAUCCAGUCCCUGCUCAAGGAGGCCAAGGAAGGCGACAGCUUCGCCGACGUCCCGCUCGACCUCCGCCACCACAAGCCCAAGACCCGUCUCCGCUUCCCCGACGAGUGGGCCAUCACCCCCGAGCGCCGCCGCGAGCUCGACGCCAGGCGCGCCGCCCAGAAGGCCCGCAAGCAGCUGGAGCAACUCCCCGACACCGUCGUCGACGGGAACCAGAUCAUCUCCGAGGCCAUCAAGUCCCUGCCCGCGCUGACCUCCGCCAUGCCCAGGCUCUCGGGCAAGGAGGACCAGAAGGGCGCGAAGGUCGGUGUGAGGGUCGGUCCUAGACCUCCGCAGCGUAGAAUGCGCUGAGGAGGAGGUGGUGAUAGUGGUGGUGGUGGACGUGCUCAGGGAAUCAAUCCCCCCGGCGUACACAUAAGAUUCUGAUGAUUAAUGCGCGCACGCGCGCCUGCGGGUGUGAGGAUCAGGAAUCAUUUGCGGGGUGUAUAUGUGUGUAUGAUGUGUCUUGUCAUGGAGCUCUUUUCUUCUUCUGGUUUCC